AUGGCUACAAAGAUUGAAAAUAUUUCUCACUCAGAGUUACAUAGUAAUGGCUGUUCUUCUGCACAUUUGUAUCUACCUCCCGAUUAUGAAUCAAUCGAAGCCAUAGAGCUACCCCCCAUUUCACCUGCAUCGUCCUCUACAAACUCUCUUCCCGAGUACACAAACAUAUACAACAACGGAGACUCCUUAAUUCCUAAAGCAACCGACUUCCAUCCUACAAAGCAACUUCAGAUCCAAGCAUCCGGAUUGCCUCUCAUCAGGCUGCCUCUACCCCCACAGCCAGAUCCCAUCUACAUUUUCAACGUCGCACCAACAGGAGGCAUCGAGGAAGCAGAAUACGUCUCUGUUCGACCAGCUCGAAACUCAGGAUCAUGCUUCUUAGCUCGAGCAAAUGAUUGUUCACAAAAACCACUCUGCACGACAACAUAUCGCUUUGGACCAGGCAAACCUCCCAAGAUCCGCCUCGAGGCAGAAAUCUCACAGAACAGGCAAACAGAGGAUAUAGAGAUCAGCUGCAAGGGUGUCUUGACCCGCAGCGUAAUUAUGCGAACUCAUCUUGGCACAUUCGAAUGGCGAUAUAGUUCCCGCGCUGAACGUCGUGCCGCGCAAGCCUCUGUCGGCGAGCAAGUCGACUGUCUACUUAUUCUCGACCAGGUGAUCAAGGUAGCAGUCGCAGGUGGGAAACAAGAGGAGCGAAGACGCAAGGUUGGGCAGUUUGUGCGAAGCAGUGGACUUCGUACUCCCGGUUCCAAGAGGAGUACUGCUGGGAAUGGAGGGCGACUUAUGCUUGAUCUGCGUGAGUGGAUGGACAGAAAGGAGGAACGGAACGAGAUGGAAAUCCUUGCUGCGACAAGCUGUAUAUCUAUGUUGAAGAAGGAGGUUGAUAGGAGGAGGAUGCAUCAGGCUAUUGCGAUCAUGGGGGGUGCUUCUGGCGGUCCCUAA